CACUAGCUAAAUGCCACCUACCCCCGCCUCCACCGCCACUCCAUAUCCAUAUCCACAACAAUCAAGACUUGAUUACCAUCAACCAUAUCCAAUAUAAGCUAUGCCUACUUCCAUCGAGUCUACCGUGAGCACACAGACCAAGAACCGCCCCACCGUCCGGCUCGCGGCCGUUGACGGGAAUGCCCAACAGCAUCCCGAUUGGCUGGUCGAACUGCACACCAAGGGUUGGACGGUUGUGCGCGGAGCCCUACCCAGGGACCGAGCACUGGCGUAUGCCGACAAGGGUUACGAAUGGCUUGAAAGCUGGAAUCUGGGGUUCAACCGCAAGGACCCGUCCACUCGCAAGACAGCAAAUCUUCCCUGGCACACUCGGGGAGGGCUUUAUAACGGGUACGGCAUCGGUCACGAGCAGUUCGUAUGGGAUUUGAAGUCAGAACCGAGUCUUGUGGAGAAGUGGGAACAGAUAUGGGGCACCCGCGAGCUGCUAGUGUCAUUUGACGGGGUGAACCUUUCCUUACCCGAAAGGGAACGUCCCAAGUCAGACCCUAUUUUCGCGCCGUGGGCGCAUGUCGACCAGUCCCCGUUUAACAACAAAUCCGACACCGUUCAGGGAAUUGUGAAUCUGCUACCCAACGGGCCCGAGGACGGCGGUCUGAUGGUGCUUGAAGGGUCAAGCGCCUACUAUACUGAGUUGUGGCAGCAUUUUGACCACAAGAAGGGCGAAAAAGGAUGGAGCACGUGGGCCUUUCAAUAUGUUGACGACGAGAUGUGCCAGUGGCUUGAGGCGAAGGGGUGCAAAUGGAUCAAGGUGUGCGCAGAGCCGGGCGACCUGCUGCUCUGGGACUCGCGCACGAUCCAUUACGGCGCCGCCCCUUCUUCGGUUAACGACCGCUUCGCUGCCUAUGUCUGUUACAAGCCGGCCGCUGCCAUCUCAGAGGAGGCCAAAAAGGUCCGCCUGCAGGCGUUUGAAGCGAAGCAGAACACAACACAUGAUCCAGCUGAUUUCCGAGUCAGGGAGUACCUGCCGCCGGCGGAUCAUUCUACAUACGAGAUGGCCACCAAACGGUCUUUACCCAGCCCAGUGCUUUCGAAGCGGGCGAAGGAACUGAUCGGGCUGGAUUCUUACUGAUGGGUUUAUUACGAUCAGAGGUUAUUUUAGCUAGCAAUUCACAGUUAUUAUCUUGAUACAAACUGCACUGGAAUGCCUAUGC